AUGGGAAUUCCGUACGAGCGCGAGAAGACCCAAUGCUGCGGACAAAAAUGGUGUGUUGGUGAUCCGUGCGGAAUUGUGUGCGCCAUAAUCACUUGGCUUUUAAUAUUCUACGGCCAGGCGUGCGUGUUCUUCGUGUUGAUACAUUCAUGGGAAGAGCACGCCAUUCAUACGGCGGUGAAUCUGAUCGUGUUCGAGUGCUUCACGGUGCUCGCCGUGCUCAGCCACAUCAAGACGAUGCUGACGAAUCCGGGCGCGGUGCCGAAAGGCGACGCCACCGACGAGAUGAUCGAACGACUGCAGGCGGUCAACGACAACGCGGUCAUCUACAAAUGCCAAAAGUGUUGCAGCAUCAAACCCGAGCGCGCCCAUCACUGCUCGGUGUGCGAGCGUUGCAUUCGCCGAAUGGACCAUCAUUGUCCGUGGGUCAACAAUUGCGUUGGCGAGGCGAACCAGAAGUUUUUUGUGCUCUUCACGUUGUACAUAGCUUUGUUAUCACUUCAUGCGCUUUAUUGGGGCAUUUGGCAGUUUGUCAAGUGUGUCGGUGUCGAAUGGCAAAAUUGUUCGGCGCUCGGACCGCCGGGGACCACACUAAUGCUGAUAUUCCUGCUAUUCGAGUCGAUUCUGUUCGCGAUUUUCACAUCGGUGAUGUUCGGCACACAAAUAUCGUCAAUUUGUAGCGACGAGACCACUAUUGAAUCGAUGAAACGAAACGCGUAUGAUGACGAUCGACGAAAUCGAAACGAUUCGUGGAAAAAUCUCCAAAUGGUGUUCGGCGGACCAUUCAGCAUUAAAUGGCUCAACCCGCUGGCGGACCCGUUCCUCGCGAGACCCACCUAUGAAUAUUCUGUAUAG